AUGCCCAUCCCCAGCAAGCACCCCAACAUUGGCCGCUCGCAGAGCUGGGAUGCUGCCGGUUGGUACGAGGGCACCUGGGAGGGUGAGAACGCUUUCGAGUACCAGAGGCCGCCGGGCCGGAGGAGCUCCCUGACCUAUGGCGGUGAGGGCGGCUGGUAUGAGCCGCCGGGCCUCCGUGCCAAUGAUAUCAUCUUGCAGGGCGGUGCGGAGCUGAAGCAAGAGGCGUACCCCUACCAGGAUGCUGCUUUCGCCCCAGGGCCCCUCAGGAAGGGCUCUGUCCCUGACUUCACCUACUGUGACCGGCAGGCAGUCAUGGCAGGACGGGGCACCCAGGAUUACUACAGCGACCCGUCCUUGGCCUCUAGAUCACCCAAGGACCCUCGUUGCUACCAGGCGGUGAGCCGGCCGCCAGCGGGCUACGGGGCUCCAGGCAGCCGGCUGUCCUGGGACCAGGCUCCGGGCCGCCCACCUGCACCCCCAGAGGCCGCCCGCCUCUACAGGGACCCCAAAAUGACCAUGGAUGGGCAGCGACUGCGCAACAGGGACAUGUCGCCAGCACGGUACGGCACAGAGCCCCCCAGCCUGCGCUACGGAGCAGAACCACCGAACUUCCCUGGCCGUCCAGCCUAUGGUGAUGGGGCUGAGCGGCCUCCCGAGGCGGCGGGCAGCAGACAGGCCGUCCCCACAUGCUUAGUAGUGGAUCCCACUGGUGGCUAUGGGCCAGGCCGCGAGGGCACCGGCACCAAGGGCCCCUACGACAGCUAUGAGACAAUGGCGGUGGCACCGACUCACCCGCCGGUGCCCACAGCCUUCCCCGGGCAGGAGGGGAAGAGGAGCUUUGACCCUGAAUUUGUGGCAUUGCUGCGUGCCGAGGGUGUCUCGGAGAGCACCUUCGCCGCUCUGCUGCAGCAGGGCUUCGACUCACCCAACCUGCUGGCCAUGAUGGAGGAGAACGACAUCAAGUCGGUGGCUCCCAACCUGGGGCAGGCACGUGUGCUGUCACGCAUCGCCCACAACUACAAGGCCGAAAUGCAGCUGCAGCGGCAGGAGCGGAGGAGCGGAUCGCUGCGCCCCAGGACCCGCUCCAACAGCUUCAGCCACCGCAGCGAGCUGCCGGGUGACUAUGGGCUGAGCGUGGGCUCAGGACCGGCCGCCGACGGCCUCGCCGCCCCGCAGCCUCCAUUGCAGCCAUCCUCCCCGAGGACCGGGGAGAUGCACCGGCGGCCAUCCAGCGCCCCGACCCAGCACCUACUGGAGACCACCUACCCCACUGGCACUCCGCAGGGGCCGCAGUUCCUCUCCAAUUCUGGAUACAACACUCCCCUGCCUUGCAAUGUGCACCCACGACCGGCGUCCACCUAUUCCGCUCCAUCUGGCACACCCAUGACCACGGCCAACCCGCACGCCAGCCCCAAAACGGCGUACCCGACCACCUACACUGUGCCCAUGGAGCUGAUGAAGAGAGAGCGGACAGCGGCGUCUCCAGCCCCCAGCCCACACGGCAGCCCGCAGCUCCUCCGCCGGCCGGGUGCACCCGGGGACAGCAGCCUGGCCCCCGCCGGCCCUGCAUUCCCUGCACAGCUCUCCCCAUACCCGAAGCUCAGCAGGCGCACGGGGCCUCCUGUCAUUGUCUCCACGAUGGCAUCACCAGAACCAAGCAUCCGUCCUCAGAUCAUGAACGGCCCCAUGCACCCCCGGCCCCUGGUGGCACUGCUGGAUGGCAGGGACUGCACGGUGGAGAUGCCCAUUUUGAAGGACUUGGCGACCGUGGCAUUCUGUGAUGCACAAUCGACUCAGGAGAUCCACGAGAAGGUAUUAAACGAAGCUGUGGGGGCCAUGAUGUACCACACCAUCACGCUGACUCGAGAAGACCUAGAGAAGUUCAAGGCCUUGCGGGUCAUUGUUCGAAUAGGCAGCGGCUACGACAACAUCGACAUCAAAGCAGCAGGGGAGCUCGGGAUCGCCGUCUGCAACAUCCCCUCGGCUGCCGUGGAGGAGACGGCCGACUCCACCGUCUGCCACGUCCUCAACCUCUACCGACGGAACACGUGGCUCUACCAGGCGCUGCGGGAGGGCACGCGGGUGCAGAGCGUGGAGCAGAUCCGGGAGGUGGCCUCUGGUGCUGCACGGAUCCGGGGCGAGACGCUCGGCCUCAUCGGCUUCGGUCGCACGGCGCAGGCGGUUGCGGUCCGAGCCAAGGCGUUCGGCUUCAACGUCAUCUUCUACGACCCAUACCUGCAGGAUGGGAUUGAGCGGUCCCUGGGAGUCCAGCGGGUGUACACACUGCAGGACCUGCUCUACCAGAGCGACUGCGUCUCGUUGCACUGCAACCUUAACGAACACAACCACCACCUCAUCAACGACUUCACGAUUAAGCAGAUGAGGCAGGGAGCGUUCCUGGUGAACACGGCGCGCGGCGGGCUGGUGGAUGAGAAGGCCUUAACUCAAGCCCUGAAGGAGGGUCGGAUACGAGGGGCUGCGCUCGACGUGCACGAGUCGGAACCCUUCAGUUUUGCUCAAGGCCCAUUGAAAGAUGCUCCUAAUUUAAUCUGCACCCCUCACACGGCCUGGUACAGCGAGCAGGCGUCGCUGGAGAUGAGAGAAGCUGCUGCUACCGAAAUCCGGCGCGCGAUCACAGGGCGCAUCCCAGAAAGCCUAAGGAACUGCGUGAACAAGGAGUUCUUUGUCACAACAGCUCCGUGGUCAGUAAUAGACCAGCAAGCAAUCCAUCCAGAGCUCAAUGGUGCCACAUACAGGUACCCGCCCGGGAUGGUCAGCGUGGCCCCAGGAGGAAUACCAGCAGCCAUGGAGGGCAUCAUGCCCGGGGGCAUCCCUGUGACUCACAACCUGCCCACGGUGGCACAUCCUUCCCAAGCUCCAUCUCCGAACCAGCCCACAAAACACGGCGACAACAGGGAACAUCCCAACGAGCAAUAGCAGAUAAUUUUAAACAGCACCAUCCUUCAAUAAACUCGGGACCAAGAGACGUUGGAAAAAAGAAGUUAUACACGAACUGAAAACGAAUUUGAUACGAAAUUUGUAACGUUGAUUUUUUGGACAGAUGCAUCAUUGAUGUUCCAGUGUUACCGACACUGAUAGCAGCCAAGACUGGGAAGAAGCCCUGAAGAAGGCACCUGCUCACUGAAGCGCUGAAAACUAAGAUGUGAUACGUUAAGGAUCGAAGUGAUCGACCUCUGUUAUUGUGUGUUAAGUUUCCUUCACCUGUGCAUCAAUCCCAUGAAUAAAAAUCAGAUUUUUUUUCCCCUCCCUUCCUUGGGAAGAACAGGGUGUCUGCACCUGUUUCCAAACAAUUGCAUUAAGCAAUCCUUACCAAGGUAACAUAGAAAUGGAAGAGGAAACCAUGAUGUGGCUUCAGCCCUUUCCUUACUCUUGUUACCUCUGACAGUAGGAGGCACCAACACUGGCUUAGCAGCGGAAGAAAAAACCAAUGAAAUCCUUUGUGCAGCCUCCCGGGGCCGAUGUGUGCCAGCAGGGCUCCUGCCAGGCUGGGGGCAGAGGGCUGGGAGGGCAGGGGAACAAGGCAGCAGCUCCUCCCUGCCCAGCUCUCAGUACCGUAGCUGUGCACCCAUCUGCGCCCUGCAAUGAUGCAAGGAAAAAAAAGAAAAAGAAAAAAAGAAAAAAAAAGAAGAAAGUAUUACGUUUCACACACUAUUUGUACUCAAAUAUAUUUUCUCAGUUUGAAAUCUGCAGCUAUUUUAUCAAGUGGAGAAGUCUUGAGCUGGAAAGGGUUCAAGAAUAAUGUUGCAUUUCCUUAUGUCUCAGGAAACACUUUUUAUGGUAACUUGUCAGACUGUCGAUGAACAAAACCCACUUUUUUAGACAUGGAUAAAAGUCUUCUUUUCUUCACGUGAUAUUUUAUACAAGAACACUUCAAAAUGUGUUAUUAGACGUGACUGAUUUUAACAGAUCCUAUUAGGUUUGUAUCAACUAGUUACAUGUUAUAUUCAUAGUCUUUUGUGAAUCAUCGCCUUUUUGUUUUUAAAACGAUGGCCUCUUUCGAGCCUUUGUAUGGGUACAUUCCUGUUUCUGUGACAAAGAAAUCUUAAGCUGUCCCAAACAGAAAAAAAAAAACAAAAUCCAGUGGCUAUCAGCAGUAUGUUUUGUUUUAGUGUGUUACCGUUACUGUAUUUGUUUAUUGUAAAGGUGGACAUUUAGCGUUCGGUGCAGUUUUCAAUAAAAAGUGAUAAAAUUUCUAUAAUUUCUGGGAGGUCAGAGCUCUCUGCGUUGUCCCAGCACAGCAGUGAGGCACCGGGAGCAGCACACAGCUCAGCCACAGAGGGGGCACCUGGUGAGGAAAACGGGUUGUGGAUGCUAAGGUCUGGGAUGGCAUUAAAAACAAGCCGCUGGGAUUUUUGCCUUGGCUUUAAGUUGCAUCGUGCAGGGCUGGAAGGGCCUCCCCUGGAAGCAGGCUCACAACACAGCUCCCCCCAGCAGCCACCUCCUACUCCAACCAAACCAGGAGUGGCUGCAGAUGGAGGCAGGCAGCUUCCAAGGCUGCUCAGCAGUAGAGAUCUCAGUAGAGAUGCUGGUUAACGAAAGAUGGAAGGAAGCACCCUAGCGCUCAGCGUUACCUCUUCUGCUGGGCUGUGAGCAGCAGCAGCAUGGGAUGCAAAGAUGGUACCUGGAAAGAGAAAGGCUGAGAUCUGCAUGGGCAACGUGGAGCAGCGCAUGGCAACUGGCAGAUGGGAGCCAAGGAGUGAGGAGAGCAGAGCUGAAAGCUGCUGCUCCAGAUCUGCGCCUGGGACUUCGCUGACAGCCACACUGCUGUGUUCACACACUGCAGCAGACAGGGAGCUCUGUGCUGCUGAAGGAUGGCAGAGUGUGGCAAACACUCUAAAUAAAGCCACCAACAGUUAAAAAGGGGUGAAGUCGCUGAGCAAGGAAGCAAGUCUCUAAGUGCACACAAACCUACUUCAUUAAUAGUGUCAAACCUGUUCCAGUCAUACUUGCCAUAAGCCAUGCAGUGGGACUCUGGAAGAAGCCAGGAUUACUAAAUUUUAAUAUAUUAAAACCAAAAGGAACACAGGGAUUGAGCACUGAGCAGUUCAAAUAAAACCAGAAAACCGACCAGGUGUAAAGGAGGCGGCAACGAAAGCUAAGGUCUGUGCCAGGAAAGCCUGUGUUGCUCACAGCAAUGAGAAAAACAACACUGAGAACCAAAGUUUGUGUGCUUGGCUGAAGGAGCAGAACUUGCUGAUGAGCUGCAAGGGACAUCUGCAAAUUCAUCUCAGUAUUUGUAAACUUUCAGGUGUGUAAUUCAGGAAUACCCAUGAACAUACACUGAGUACCGUGCUAGCACAAAGCAGGGUUUGCAUCUCUUUAAUCUACAAGUACAUGAGGUUUGGAUCACUUUGAUUUUGAAAAGAAGAUACUGCCCCAGUCCCAAAGGGACCCAGGAAGCUCAUUCACCUGAACAAACCGUUGUACAGCACAUGGGAACAAAACAAUAGUGAUUAAGAAAGCCAGGAGCUCUGAAGUACCAGGACUGCCCUCACACCACAACUACACACACACUGGGGCGCGCUGCAUGCGUGCACAGCUGGCACUGACUGCACGGCGAGCUUCCGCUCCCUGGGGAUGCUGCAGGCUGCCCACACAAAGCCAGGGCAGAGAACAGGGCUCAGGGUAGGUUUCACAUUAAUUAUUCUCUCCAUGUUACAAGGAAGCAUUACUUCCUUCAGCAGAAUGUUACUAUGAAAAUAAGGGGCAGGGGGCACAUCGCACAGCCCUCCAAGUAGCUUGAGGGAGGCAGGAGCUUCUCCUUCCAUCCAUUCAGUGCUGGUGUGCACAGGGCAGAGUUGCAGGGAGCACACGCUGCUCUCACCCCAGCACACGCUGCCUGCAGCUCCCUGACAGCCCAGCUUUAGCCAUCAGCAAGACAAGGGGGAAAAGGGCUUUGCUGCAAGUUAAGAAGAAUAAAAAGAAUACCAAACUUGGGACAGGGCCGUGUGUGCGUCAAAAAACCUCUUCAGCAUCAGCAGCUUGCCUAUCAGUUCAGGUCAAUCGUACACUGCAGUGAACAUGCACUCUUCUACCUGACGUUUUGCACAUGCACCAAUCAGGGGAGACAGAAUGGCCCAAAAAUCUGAAGGCAUUUCCUAAUGAACCUCAGUGGGAUCUGCGAUGGGAAAACUGCUAAGUCAAUACAGUACUUCGUUCUCUCUGUACUUCUGGUGCCAUCACCAAGGUUACGGAGGAGUUGUGCACAUUUCAACACCAUCUAAGCAGCAUUUGGAAGAAAAAAAAGCAGCAAGUUCCUCAGGGUUUCCACAGCUUUCCCCUACAUAAAAAUAUGUGCUAUGGGGCUUCUUUCCAAAUCCUAAUUUCAACAAUUGCAUCUACUGCAAAAUUCCUUACGGAACCACCACAGCAUCCCAAGUGCUUUUCAAAACCUGAAUUGCACUGCAUGUGUAAAAACUGGCAUUAACCUUUAGUGUUGACGUGAGCUUUUUAGAUAAACUUUAUCCAUUACAGGUUACAUGGCUAAAGUUAUCAAAUAUAAUAAAAUUUCUACUGGAGAAUAUACUCUGAACUUACAGUCUUAGGAACUUACAUAGGUUUAAGUAUGGCCACAUCAACCAACAUGCAAGAAAUUCCCAGGGUUACAUACUGAGAAAUAUAUAACACGGUGCUUUUGGAAACAACUUCAGCACAGAUUCCUCUGUUUUAAUCAGAACUGCUGAGUGGAUUCUCACUGGAUUGAACGACCCAAGGAGCAACCCUUGAAACAGACGUUUUUUCAUUUGCAGCAACGUUUGAGUUGAUGAAAGAAGAAAUGAUGGAGCAGUAUAGAGUUUGUAUCACAGCAAGAAGGGAGCUCUGACAAUGUAAAACUCCCAAUCACAUCUCGAGUCCUCAGAUCUCACACAACUCCAUUUAGUAGAUACGUACUGGAAUCCAAUCCCUAUGCUUCAGGUCACAUCUCUGAAUAAAUAUCAUUAAGUAUAUUGAAAAGAACCUAACUAUGAAAGGAGGGAAAAAAAAAAAAGCAAAAA